CCUUCAGUCAAGCAAUGUUUGGCAACCAAAAGAUGAUAGCUAAAGGGUGCGAUUUGGCAGGAUUAUCUUUAGGAUCGUAGAAUUAUCUUAAUAUUGUAGAAACCAUUUUAAGAUCGUAGUGUAAACUAAAUAUAAAGUAUAACAUGUCUGCAAUGGGCUUCCGUAACAAACAUUAUGCGAGAGACCAGAAAAAUAUUACAAAAACUCAACGUUCAAGGUUGCUGUCUUGUAUAUGGAUUUUACCUCAAGGACCUCCCCAUUUGUUGUUAGUUACGUGCAGGGGAUGUUGUGACAUGGACCUUCACAGCAGGCUGGACAUCAGAUCAGGAGGUAGAUCAGAGGUCAUGUUUGUUUUAGAUUAAACUUGCGAGUCUAAAGACGCCUAAAGUCGUGAAACUAUGGAGGUUGCUUGAGGAGAUCUAGAGGCAAAUGGAACAUACAGAUCUGAAUCUUGAGAUAGAAAAUAAAAGGAGAAAAAUGGAACUGACUACAACAGCUAGACAAUCCAACACAACUCCUUCUUUUGCGGUUUCCCGAAAUCAGGCAAACAUUUUAUCUGUUGAUAAGAUAAAUCAACCAACCAAGACCACUCCACAACAAGAAUCCACCCUGCAACAACUAUCAUGUGUGCAGCAUUCAUCCGUCAACAACAAACCAAGCUACCCCUCUUCAUUUCAAUGUGAACAACCAAUGCAUGUCCAACCACAUCGUUACCAGAAUCAAUAUGCUAAUGUGCCUUGUAGCUCAGGAACUAGUGUUAGGAGUUUAACUCCUACUAUUCAUCAUUCCGUGAUACUGCAUCAAGCAUGUGGGCACAGUAGUCUGCCAUCUGACAUAUCAAGCAAUAGCGAUGAAAAGAAGCCUCAUGAAAACAAUCAAAUUAUUGGUUCGAAAAGAAAAUUAAAUAUGAAAAAUGAAAGGAAGAAAAAGAAAAACAGAUAUUGUGAGCCACCAAGACGUGGUUAUGUUUUGGAGAACAUUAAACGUAAACAGACAUAUAUUUCUGUUGGUCAAGAUGGUUUUUAUACAAAAGAAAGUGAAAAAAGAGAAGAUGAUAUAAAUGUGUCUGUAUGUGAGGGUCUUCUAAAACUCCACCAUGAAUUCAUUGUUCACCGCAUCUCAUUAGAUGAAAUAACACCAAGCUGUGAUAACACGUACAAAACUGUACAAGAAAAAGAAAUUCUUCACCCGUCAAUACACUAUAACCAACAUCCAGAGGAUUGUGAUUGUAAAGCUGAUCAAAAAACCUAUGGAAUACAUCACAAUGUUUUUCCUGGAAAAGCUGGAUUUUUUGGCUCGGAUAGUUUACAUUGCGAUCCUUACUCUAACAAUGCAGAUCGAUUAUACCAUUACCGAUUGGUCAUAGAUCCUGAAAUAAAUUUUACUACAAGAGACCCAACGACAAUUUAUUUUGAUGGCAAAGAUUUUUGUUUUGAAGGAUACUCUUUAUUUUCGCAUGUCUCAUUAGAACAGGUCCCUUCAUAUUUAUUUUUACGUAAUGGAGUUGAUUACACAAUCAAAUUUGCUAAAGAACCUUCGAUACCAGAGGGUUUCUGUCUAAAAGAUUUGGAUUUGAUCUGUGAUUAUUUGUUUGCAGACAUUUUCGAGUUAUCAGAUUGGUGCAAUAAAGAUUCAGAAGACGGUUGUAGACAGUUUCAUCUCAUGCCAAGAUUUGUUCAUCGACCAAGUGAUUCAACAAAAGAACACGAAGAUGAGAUGCAGUUGUUAUCAAUGGCUAGAGUCCUUGAAUAUUUAAUGAAAUCCUAUACUCCGUUUGAAACUGGAGUAACAAAAAAGUUUACCAGAGAAGAUUGGAAACAUUUUUCAAAAGAGAAUCGAGGAUGUUUAGUUUUGAAUCAAAGCAAGAAACCCAGAGCAAUUCGUGUUGAUGAAGUAUUAUAUCCUGAAAGGCGUAAAGGACAUCUUCGUAUCUUACACUCAGCAUCAAGUUUAAAAAGUACUUCAAAGAAAAUGAACAAGCAAUACAAUGACUUGACUGAACAACUACGAAAAGCAAAGAGGGCUGUUCAAAGCAGACCUGUACCACGCAAAGAAGAUCAAGAAUUAUUAUGGAAGGUGCAAGAAAAAGUGAACGUAGUCAAAGAACAGAGGUGUGAAAGCAAAUGGAAGGACAUCGAAAUAAAUUGUGAAGGUUAUUUCAACACUGGAUUAAGUUGGGACAUAUGCCAACACUCAUCCUACAUACCUGGCGUGUGGAAGUAUCUACGAUUUAUGUCGUGUUUACAUGUGUUAGAAGAUCGUAUAAGUUACACCUUCAAAGACAAAUCACACCUAAAGAACGCUUUGACGCAUCCAUCGUAUGUAGACCAAUCAACGUUGUCUGCACAACUCAUUACUAUGGUCAAGAAUCUUGGGAAGCGACAUCCUCAUGUUGAUAAAACGAAUCGACCUAAAGGUUUGGGCAUAAAGAAGAAAGGUGUCAUCAACAUGACCAAUGUUAUGGCGACGUUAUUUGAUGAAGAACAGCCAAAAAUUUGUUUUCAGAAUAAUGAAAGAUUGGAAUUCCUGGGUGAUGCUGUACUGGAUUAUUUGAGCAGCGUUCAUUUAUUUUUGAUGUUGUCUGAUAAAGGACCUGGUAAACUAAGUGCCUUUCGAUCUGGUUUGGUUAGAAAAGACAACCUUGUGAAAAUAGCGCAUAAAAUCAAUUUAAAAGAGUUCAUUUUAAUUGACCACAGACACAACACAACAGAAAAGCUAGAUACCUUCCUCGCAGACGCUGUAGAAGCUUUGAUAGGUGCGGCAUAUUUAGAUGGUGGAAUAAAUGUUGCUGAUCAGUUGAUAUUAUUUUUUUUCUUCUCUGAUGACGAAACGUUAGCAAAUGUAUGGAAGAACUUGAAGAAACACCCGCUGCAGGAAGAGUAUCCUGAAAGUGAUCGCCACUUAAUUAAUGAAUCACCGACAUUGCUCAAAUGUGUAGAGCUAGAAUCAAAAACUGGUGUUCAAUUCAACCACAUUCGAUUACUAGCGAGAGCGUUAACACAUUCAGCUGCUGGUCUUGAUGAUCCUUUGGUAACUGGCGGUAACUACGAAAGAUUGGAGUUUCUUGGUGAUGCUAUUAUAAAGUAUGUUUGCAGUGAUUAUCUCUACAAACGCUUUCCAAAUCACCAGGAAGGACAUUUAACACUCUUACGAACAUCACUCAUCAACGCGAAAUGUCUCUCAAAAGCGGCUAGCGAACUUCAUCUGGACAAUUAUAUUGUUUAUCAAUCACAAAGAGAAGCGAUGAGCGUGAAAGAGAAAGUAUUGUGCGAUGUGUUCGAAGCGUUCAUUGGAGCUGUUCACGUUGACCAAGGUAUAAAACGUUGUCACAAAAUCAUUGAAGUGUGCAUACUACAAAAACUCAAGGAAUUCAUUAUCAAUCAAGAAUGGCUUGAUCCGAAAACCCAACUUCAACAAUGUUGUUAUAGCGUGAGUGAUCCGAAAAAUUCGAAAAAUAAGAAAAACGACUUUGUUCCUGUGUACAAGCGAUUAAAAGAAACUUCAGAGGGUGGAAUUCAAUAUUUUAAAGUUGGUGUAUAUUGCAACAGUCGCCGGUUGGGUGUUGGAACCGGACGAAGUUGCAAAGAAGCAGAGAAGGAGGCUGCAAGAGACGCUUUGAGAAGUAAUCAUUUUGAGCAGCACGCGCGGCAAAAGAGAAUUGCGUAUAAACGGUUUGGUCCGAGAGGAUCCACUUCAACUGCGCAUGAAAGUAAACAGAGUGAACAGCGAUCUUUUGUGGAAUCGGAUAACAGUCACUCCAAACGCAGGCGAACUGAAACAUCGUAUGAGGGGUGUGAGUUACCACGAUUCAGCUCGUCAAAACACUGCGGACGUUCGCCACCACGUAGCUCAAUGACUGACCGCAAAAAUCUAACAACGAAAAGUGAUGCGAGAAGCGUAGUGACAACAGGAAACACGCAUUUUGAUAAUGCGGAAUUUUGUAUGGGGAAAGAGUUACAAGAAAGUGAUAACGACGCAAAAACGUUACAAUCGUCUGAUUCUUCUUCUGAUAUGGAUGAAGGUGAAUUGUAUGAAUCUGUGUUCGAUAUGGGUGAUAAAUCAGAUCUAUUUAGAGGAUGACAUCUAAAUUUUUGUGUUUUUAUUGAAGAUAUAUACAAAACGGUUGUGUGACUUUACAAGGAAGUGCGUUCUUAAUUUUCCUUUUAAAAGUGUUUAUGUUGUUUUCAGACUUUACAUAAAAAUGGCUCGAAGGUUAAAAGUUAAGCGAUUUGUGCAAAUUUACCUGCUUCAGACAACUGAAUUACAAUAAUUUUGUUUGACAAAAACAAAUUUCUAUGCGGUUCCCAUAGCCUGAUGAAAUGAAGAAGUGCGGAUAUAGGUAAGAUUUGCCCUAAUUAAUUCCGUCCUGAUCUAAAAUUUCUGAAGGUGCAUUAAUUAGUUUCACACUUCUUCAUUCUCGCAUUUUUAUGAGUAUAAGUUAUUUUCUAAGAGUUUUCCAGAAGUUUUACCAAAUAGUUACAUUGUGUUUUGGUCCACAUUGGAUCGUUAUUUUUUUUUCAGACGUUAAAAUUUGUAAAUUUGGAUAUAUUAUGAAUACGUUGACAGUAUUUUUUUAAGUAAUGUUCAAAAUAUAUAUUAAAGGACUAAAAGUGGUCAUUUUU